AUGUUGCCGCAGUGGUCGGGCGGGAGGAUGGAGGCGGGCAGUGGCCAGAAGGACAGAAACAACAGCGAGGCUUCUUAUUUUCUGCAGAAUGAGUUGGCCAGGCUGCGAGAGGCAAAGGCCGGUGGUAACUGCAACCGUGUAGCGGAUGAUGCAGGGAUCACCAUGAACCAAAGUCGGAUGCCGGGAAGGGAAAACGAAACGACUCGAGCCCAAUUACCAAACGAGUUUGACAGGGCGCACCGACUGCGGCAGGUUCAACAAGAACUGCCUACUUCCCAGCCCUCCUUUCGGCAAGCGGAAAGCAGAAUUGAUAGCGUGAGGCUUCCCUCAGAGGCAUUACGUCGUGCCGUGCGGGCCGCAUUUGGGCCGGGCAGGUUUGUUUUGGACGAUGGCACAGCCGUCAUGUUAGAAUACGCCCAUGAUUUUAUUGUCUUACGCGGUCCACAGUCCGUUCGGCACUCGUUCAUGGCCCUGCUGCUGCGCACCUUGCUGAAGCACGUGGAGAGCACGCCACAGCAAGAACAGGGGAACAGUGGCAAAGAACGCCAAAACCUCAGCUCUACGCAUGUGAUUUCGUCGUCCAUGGCGGAGGUUGGGGAGUCCAGGGAAGAUGAUCCCACUGGGCCGCCACUUUAUGUGCUGCGUCGAGCGAUUGGAAUGGAAAAAAUGGAGCGCGAGAAGGCGCAAUUGGCCCAACACGAUGCGGAACAUGAGUGUGCGUUGAUAAAGACCGCGUGGGAUGUCGAGCGCGCGCGUUACAGGGAGGAGAAGCAAAGAUUAGAGGAAAGAGUACGGCAGCUGGAGACGGAUCUGAAGCGGAAUAGAGACAGCCUCCAGAUCGCCCUGCACCGGCUACAGGAAAGAGAGCCGCAAAAGAGGGAGGUGAGCGGCGAUCGUCACGCUGACGACGUAGAGGCAUUUUCGUGCCAGCACGGCGAGGACAUCCGUUCAUUUCCCGGCGAGGGAGGAAAAUCCAAAAUACAUGGGAUUCCCUCGGUGUCACUUGAGACGGGCGACACAUCCUCGGUGCUGCCGUGCUCCGAGGGGAAUGAUAUAACGACGACGAACACCGCCGGUAACACCAGUCAUGCCGAUUUUUCCUCUCUUGCAUGCGGCAAAUGUGGGAAGACGAUGAACCUUCUUCAGCGGGAGAUGGACCUGCUGCGGAAUGAGAAGGAUAUUUUGUCACGACAGCUGCAGGUCAGCGUGGGCGUCGUGGAUGAACUGCGCAAUCGACUGCAGAAUAUUGAGGCUGCGGCGGUGCAAUUGUUCAGCAGUGUGCUGAGCUCAAGUGAAGUUGUGUUGACGGUUCUUAAGGGCGCAGCGGCGGCACCCCGUCUGUUUCUUCAUCGCUGCGGGGGCGUUGACGAGCCCCAAGUGCAGGCGCUGGUGCAGUCACUCUCCGCGGACAGUACCACCGCACCGCCGGUGGAGCAGCGGCUGGCGGAGUUGACGGCUCUACUGGAAAUUGAGCAUCGCGCGUUGAAGGCAUCACUUGACUUUGCCGUACAUGAACGUGAUGCCGCCUUGCAGGCCAAUCGAGAGGAGGCAUUUCUUACCUCUCCGGAAAAAGCCGCCGUGUCAGCACCGCUGACGAGAAGGACGAAUUUGGAUGGACGCACCGCAAACACGUCGAGCGCGACGACCCUCGAGAAGGAAAACACGGAACUGCGCAUUGAACUCCGGCGCUCCUUUGAGGAUAUACGGCAGUUGGGACAAGCCAUUGAGCGAUCCCAUGCAAUGUAUCAGGAGUUGCAGGAAAAGCUGCGGACGGCUGAUCGAUGUAUGCGGGAGAAGGAAAAAACGGCUCGAAGUAUGGGGCAUCAGCAGGAAAUUGCGUUGAUGGAGGCAAUAAAGAGGGAGAGAUCGCUGGAAAUUCAACUCCAGCGUCUACGGCAACAGAACAAAAUGAGUGCCGUGCAUCACUCGAAUACCCCCAUUGUGCACUCCGAAAAACAAGAGAAGACAUUUGCGCAUCUCGUAACGACACCCUCAAAAAAGAGUUGUGCGGCGAGUGUUUUAACGCUUGAUGAAAGCCGGAAUAAAUACCCGUUCCAUCAUCGACAUAAUACCGACACUCGGGAGAAUGAUUCUGUUAGCAGGAAUGACGGCCUUCAAAGCGGACCCCGUACGACACCAACACCGCUGAAGGGGACAGGGGCACCAACGCCCUUCUCUCCGUCGAUAGUGCUGCGCAGGGAAAAUUUUGAGGAGGCUCUAAAUGCUAUUCAUCCUUCAUGA